ACAACACCGAAGCAUUUUAUAUGUAUGGACGCGGCUUACGAUUGAAAACAUAUUCUUCGCCUCUUAUGAUCCUCAAAUAAAACGCAGUAUGAGUGGUUCUCCUUACAUAGCCGUAGUAGCUAUUGACUUUGGGACCACAUACAGUGGCUUUGCUUUUGCUUUCAACCAAAAGAAAGGAGAAGGAGGAAUCCAUGUAAACAAAAAAUGGGGAUACGACCAGGGAGCAGCAACUCUUAAAACGCCGACUUCUCUUUUACUUCGCCCUGAUGGGAAAUUUGACUCAUUUGGAUACCAAGCAGAGGAAAAGUACGCCAACUUUCUUAAUGGCGAAGAUCAGGAAUAUCUCUACUUCAAACAUUUUAAGAUGACACUUCAUAAUUCCAAGACUUUAGACAGAAAUACCAAGCUUACGGCUCAAAAUGGAAAGUUGUUCGACGCUUUGUUGGUUUUUGCUCACUCGAUAAGAUACCUUAAAGAUCAAGCUAUCGAAAUUAUCCGCGAGAGAACUGGAGACCGACAGUACUGUGAAAAGGAUAUUCAGUGGGUUAUAACAGUCCCUGCCAUUUGGGAACCUGCCGCUAAGCAAUUCAUGAGAGAAGCUGCAUGUGAGGCGGAAAUAGUAUCAAAGGAUGCACCCGGUCAGCUGGUUAUUGCCUUGGAACCAGAAGCAGCUUCUGUUUACUGUAGGGAAAUGAAGAUGAGAGAUUUUAUCAGAGAGAAAGGAGAUGCUAAUGUAUCUGACGUUUUUGCAAGGCCUGGAUCAAAAUACCUUGUCAUUGAUAUUGGAGGCGGAACUCUAGACGUAACCGCUCAUGAGAUAUUGGCAAACGGGAACAUCAAAGAAAUUCAUAAAGUCACAGGGGGACCUUAUGGUGGAAAGAAAGUGAACGAAGAGUUCGUUUCCUUGCUUGAGGGGUUCUUUGGAACUGCUACAGUGGAAAAAUUUCGUGCAAAAAAUCCGGCAGAUUGGCUAGACGUGAUGAACGAAUUUGAGCUGAAGAAAAGAGGGCGACGAGCUUACGAAGGAGACUCAACAAGGAUUCGUCUUCCCCGCUCCUUAACAGUUCUUAUCUCUGAACAUGGUGGUCCUGAUCUGGCAGGAAGGUUCGCAAGGUCAUGUCGAACUGAUGAUGUUCGAUUCGUCAGAAAUGAAUACCUUUGUUUGGGACCUUCUGCAAUGAAGAAGUUGUUUGAGCCAGUUUCAAAUGGAAUUAUAAAGCACCUUACACAGCUCCUCAAGGAUCCUAUACUUAAAAAGUUGCAGUUUUUCUUCCUCGUUGGAGGCUUUGCCGAGUCCCUUUUACUUCAGGAGACAAUUAAGAAGAAUUUCGACCGAAGAUGUAGAAUUUUAGUUCCAAACGACGCUAGCAUUGCAGUUAUGCAAGGAGCAGUGAUGUUUGGCCGACAACCUAAUAUAGUGGAGUCCAGAAUAAUGUCCACGACGUAUGGCUUUGGCAUAUGUCUUCCUUUUGAUCCUGAAAUUCAUCCCAUCGAGAAGAAGAAAGUCAUUGAAGGUGUCGACUGGUGUGAUGAUUGCUUUGUAGUUAUGGUGAAGGAGAACGAUACGGUGAGAGUGGAAGAAACAAGAAAGUUCCCGAAUUAUAAACCCUUAAAAGCAAGUCAAACGCAUGUCUCCUUCUACUUUUAUAACUCCACCGAUCCAAACGCAAAGUAUACGACCGAUGAUGCUGUGGGGCCUUCCAUUGGUAAGGUUACUGUCGAGUCACCAGACAUCUCAAAAGGAACCGACCGAAAGAUCGACGUCUGCGUGACGUUUGGUGGAACAGAGAUCAAAGCGACAGCAAUAGACAAAACCAGCGGUAACACGGCCACGGUAUAUUUAGAUUUCCUGUGUAGUAAACCUUAAAAACUGUCGAGUGUUCUACGCAAUGUUCGACACAUAUACUGGUAACAUUUGUUAGCGUCAAAGAGAACGUAAUCAAGACUUUUUGCCAUCAGCGUAGAGCCGCAUUUUUGGUAAUAUGUAACUGCAAACUGGAGAGUAACUAACGUGUUCAAGAUAAAGAAGUCGAUAGUAACUUUCCUACUCGAUCCAUUUGAUACUGGGUGAUAUUCAUAGAGAAUGGCUCAAAUGAAGCGCAGUUGUAAGCCUCCUGAAUAUUUCAAUAUUUCUAUGAAUUGCCAAAGAAAAGAAAGUAACAUAAAGAAACCUGUACCAGUUAAUCAUAACAGUUUAAAGACUUAAUAGCAUAGAUAAGGAGACAGUUAUCUUGACACUAAGGUGGUAGUUGAAGGAGAUACGUCAGGAUAUUCCUGUCACUUUAGCAAAGUGUAAAACUGCCUCCAAAUAAACUAAAAUUUUUAACGAAAAAUUGUCGAUAGAUGCAACACCAUAUGUGUGAGAGAGUGAUGGGAGCUGAAAAUUCGAAAUGAUUCAUGAUGGAGGAUAGUUUCUUACCGAUUCGCAACAACAGUAUGUCCUUUCGUUACGGAAAAUUUAGUGAGUUUUCGGUGUGGUUGUUCAGGCAUAUUUAUUCGUUGUUUUCGGUAUUUUAGCGUUCUCAAUUCAUGCGAGUUUCUUUCAUUUCGAUGUUUUAAAAAGAGACAAAGCCACAGUAGUUUUUGUAUAGUCAAGUUAAAUUGUAUAAGGCCUACUCUGGGGCCUUAAGUCGCCGUAACUUUGGCGAAUUUGGGCGAUUUAAGGCGAUUUAAGUGAAAUUGGCAGAAAAACAUUGGGACUCUAAGCGAUUUAAAGCAACUUAAGGCAACUUGAGGCGACUUAAAGGGAUUUUAUUUGACUGAAGUGAUAAAAUCAAAGUUAGCAACAGUCUCUCCAUACACCUUAAAAAUAUUUACAAAAUCCCUUGCAAUAAACACCAUAGUCAAUUUGGUUACUUUUGUAUGCUCAUAAGUCACCAUAGUCUAAAAUA